AUGGGAAUAAAAGGACUCUCCCAGCUGAUUGCCGAUGUGGCUCCGUUUGCGGUCAAAGAGGGGGAACUAAAAACGUUUUUCGGUAGAAAGGUGGCGAUCGACGCCUCGAUGUGCCUGUACCAGUUCCUGAUUGCGGUGCGCGCAGAGGGUGCCCAGUUAACGUCGGUGGACGGUGAGACGACCUCGCAUCUGAUGGGCACCUUCUAUCGCACGAUCCGGCUGCUCGAGAACGGCAUCAAACCGGUGUACGUGUUCGACGGUAAACCACCGGAACUGAAAUCCGGCGAACUGAACAAGCGAGCCGAGAGGCGCGAAGAAGCACAGAAAGCCCUGGACAAAGCAACGGAAGCCGGGGACGCUGAAGAUAUCGAAAAGUUUAACCGGCGACUGGUGAAGGUUACCAAACAGCACGCAAACGAAGCGAAGGAACUGCUGCGCUUGAUGGGUGUCCCGUACGUGGAAGCACCGUGUGAAGCGGAAGCCCAGUGUGCGGCUCUGGUGAAGGCGGGGAAAGUGUACGCCACAGCGACCGAGGAUAUGGAUGCCCUCACGUUUGGUUCAACCAUCCUGUUGCGCCACUUAACGUUCAGCGAGGCCCGCAAAAUGCCGGUCCAGGAGUUUUACUACGAAAAGGUUUUGAAGGGGUUCGAGUUGUCGCAGGAUGAGUUCAUCGAUAUGUGCAUCCUGCUUGGGUGCGACUAUUGCGACACGAUUCGCGGGAUCGGGCCGAAAAAGGCGACCGAGCUGAUCAACAAAUAUCGGUCGAUCGAUAAAAUUCUCGAGCACCUGGAUCGCACCAAGUACGUGGUGCCAGACGGUUGGAACUAUGAGCAAGCGAGGCGGCUGUUCAAGGAGCCUGACGUCGCGGAAGCCGCCAAUAUUGAGCUGAAGUGGAGCGAACCGGAUGAGGAGGGCCUGGUGAAGUUCCUGUGCGGUGAUCGACAGUUCAACGAGGAUCGCAUACGGGCGGGCGCUAAAAAGAUACUGAAAACCAAAACCAGUGCCACCCAAGGACGGCUGGAUUCGUUCUUCAAAGUGCUACCAUCAACCGGGGCCGGCACACCGGCGAAGCGGAAGCAGGAAGACAAGAAACCGCUCGUUGGAUCGGCUUCGAAGAAGGCAAAAACCGGUGGCGGCGGUACUAGGGGGCGCAAACCUAAAUAGGGACGCGAUUGUUCGGAGAGCGAAAGGCGACGGGCUAAUAAAAAGUAACUAGGGCUGGUAAAAGUAAGUCAUUGCAGAAAACUCUCGGAGUAUCUUUUCUUCACGGGGAACUCCACAAUACGGGGUAAUAUCUCCAACGAUGGCCUCCGCUAGAUCGUGUUUAGCUAGACACUACCAGUUUAGUAGCCUCCAAAAGAUUGCAAGACAAUUAUCAAUAAAACAUAUUACACAUUUCAAUCACCCGAGGACGAUCGGAACCGUGACAGUCUUCUAGGAAAAAGGACAUCAUAGCCAUUCGGUACAUGUGACUCGAAACGGUCUCACAAUAUUGAACUUUCGACAGGACCCAUCCUGUUCGUUUCAAAUGCUAUGAAAGAAAAGCAAAUCUUUCAGCCUCAUAGUUAUGUAUUUGUUUGGACAGCUUACCUUAAGA